AAAUCGACGAGUGGUGAGAUUUUUUUCCCUCCAAGAGGGUCUAUCACCUCACCUCACCUCACCUCUUCAACAGUCAUUUUCCAUCCAAGAUCUCAAAUACCUUCCCAUUCAUCAGUAAAUGCAAUUCAAUUCCACCUGAAAACUCAAUUCCCAAACACAUUUUUAAUCAAUCAUUUUUCGAUCAAUCAAUCAAACAAUCGAAGUUAUCAGCAAUCACAAUCAUCAAUGGGAACGGCGACAUUAGCGCCUGGAUUAUCCAGAAAGCUCAAGAAGGUUCUAGAAUCUCGUACUGAUUCACCGGACCUUCUCACUUCUCUCUCCACACUCUCCACAUUCUACUCCGACAACUCCCCUCAAGCGCGGCGCAACCUCAGAUCCACAAUCGAGAAGCGCUCUCUCUCCAUCAAUCACGACUUUCUUAGCGCUUCUGACGCCGCGCAGCAGGCAUUGGAUCAAGUUGAGGAGGAGGUUAAUUCACUUGCUGAAUGCUGUGAUAGGAUUGCGAAGGCUUUAAACAGUUGUAGUGCUACUACCGGGGAUAUUAUAAGCACCACAGAAAGGCUUAAACAAGACCUUGAUGUUACUACUCAGAGACAGGAGAUUGUUUCGUGCUUUCUUCGUGACUACCAACUAUCUAAUGAAGAGAUAAAUGCUCUUAAAGAAGAAGAGUUGAAUGAGAAUUUUUUCAAGGCACUUUCUCAUGUUCAGGAAAUUCAUGCCAACUGCAAAAUACUGCUCAGGACACACCAUCAGCGCGCAGGGCUUGAAUUGAUGGAUAUGAUGGCUAUGUACCAGGAGGGAGCCUAUGAACGUCUCUGCAGGUGGGUUCAGGCUGAGUGUAGGAGAUUGGGGGAUACUGAUAAUCCUGAAGUUAGUGAACUUCUAAGAACAGCAGUCCGAUGUCUCAAUGAAAGGCCUGUUCUUUUCAAAUACUGUGCUGAAGAGGUAGCAAAUAUGAGGCACAAUGCCUUAUUCAGAAGGUUUAUAAGUGCUCUUACUCGUGGAGGACCUGGUGGGUUGCCCAGACCUAUUGAAGUGCAUGCCCAUGAUCCUUUGCGGUAUGUGGGUGAUAUGCUAGCAUGGUUACACCAGGCAUUGGCUUCUGAAAGAGAACUUGUGUAUGCUUUGCUUGAUCCUGAUGCUGUUGAAGAUGCUGGGCCAACUGCACGUCAAUUCUCCAAGAAUUCUGAAAGUGAAUUUGGAAAGAUAGAAUCUGAUUUAACCUUUGUCCUUGAUCGGAUAUUUGAAGGAGUUUGCAGGCCAUUUAAAGUUAGAGUGGAACAAGUAUUACAGUCUCAACCUAGUCUUAUUGUUUCAUAUAAACUUAUUAAUCAGCUGGAGUUUUAUACUUACACGAUAUCGGAUUUAAUUGGGAGAGAAACAGCCCUUUGCCAAACACUCUGGACUUUGAAGGAGGCUGCUCAGAAAACAUUUUUUGAUAUUUUAAAGAGCCGAGGAGAUAAAUUACUUCGGUAUCCUCCACUUGUUGCUGUGGAUCUCUCACCACCACCUGCUGUAAGAGAAGGGGUUUCUGUCCUACUGGAAAUAAUAGAGACAUAUGAUGGCAUGAUGAUUCCUCCCUCAAAGAAGCCGGAAUUUGAUCCUGUAAUAUCUGCUUUAUUAGAUCCUAUUAUCCAGAUGUGUGAGCAAGCAGCAGAAGCACACAAAUCCAAAGGAGCUGGUCACUCAUCAAGGAGGAGCAGAAUAAGCUCUGACUCCAAUCAGCUUAACAAAUCAUCAGUUGAUGCAAUAUUGAGUAAUAGCAAUACCCUUUCAGCAUCUCAGAGUAUAGAGACACCUUCUAAGAUCUUCCUCAUCAACUGCUUAUGCACCAUCCAACAACCGCUGAUUGGACAUGAAGCUGCAACCAAAUAUGCUAAGAAUAUUGGGGAUUUAAUAGAAAACCACAUGCGUAUUCUCGUAGAUAAAGAAGUUGAGACCAUUCUAAGAAGAUGUAAUCUAUUGAACAAGAUGCCCAACUUUAGGAAAACAUUUGAUGAGGCAAGUGAAGAAGCUGCUCGACAUCCAUUGGCAGAAGUGGAGGAGACUUCUCCAGCUUCAUUAUCAGAAAGUUUGAACAUUUUCUUUGGUCUCAUUUUGGGUACCGAAAAUUCUCUCCCAGAAUUUGAGCAAUUGCAGAUGCCAAAGCUGCGGUCGGAAGCUUGUAUCCACUUGGCUAACUCACUUGCUGAUGCUUACGAGCUUGUGCAUGAUGCAGUCAUGGAUCCCAAGAAUUCAUACCCUGAUCCAAAAUCACUUGCUAGACAUCCACCAAACCAAAUUAGGACCAUUUUGGGUAUUUGAUUCACUUUACUAGUGUUGUGUUUAUUAUUUGGAAAUCUUACUUUUGAAAGUAUAAAAGUUGGUUAAUUAGAAGAAGAAAAAAAUACUUGGGAUAUUUUUUCCGAAAACAAAAACAUUAAUACUAUUACGAAUUGUCACCA